AUGGCACAAGAAGUUGCGGCGUCCAAUGGUAUACCAGCAGACAAAACCCUUGAUCCUUUCAGCAAAGACUAUGCAACCUCGCUAGACGCCACCGAUCCGUUGUCACAUUUCCGAUCCAACUUUUAUAUUCCAACCCUAGCAGACCUAAAGAGACCGACGCUGGCCAAGUUUCCUGAAGAAGAACCUUCACCACCAAGCACAUAUCUGUGCGGGAAUUCUCUCGGCCUGCAGCCCAUCCGAACAGCAGACUUCAUCCAAGCGUUUUUGACCCAAUGGCGCACCAAAGCCGUGACCGGCCACUUCGUCGAGCAUGUCGACUCUCCGCUAGUCCCGUUUCUGCAUAUCGACGACCAUGCGGCAAAGCUGAUGGCUCCGGUCGUGGGGGCACGGGAAGACGAAGUUGCCGUCAUGGGUUCCUUGACCGCGAACUUGCAUGUGCUGCUGUCGAGCUUCUACCGUCCAUCUAAGACGGGAGGAGGCCGAUGGAAGAUCCUUCUCGAGGGCAAGGCUUUCCCAAGCGAUCACUAUGCAGUAGAGUCGCAAAUCAUUCUACAUGGGCUGGAUCCUGCGGAGGCCAUGGUCCUGCUGGAACCAGCGAAUCCCCGAUUUCCAAUCUUGUUUACCGAACAGAUCAUCAAGACCAUCGACGAGCAUGCAUCAGAACUUGCUUUGAUUCUCCUUCCUGGCGUACAGUUCUACACGGGCCAAUACUUCGACAUUCAAACCAUCACGGCUCAUGCUCAUGCGAAGGGAGUCCUAAUUGGUUGGGACUGUGCCCAUGCUGUCGGGAAUGUAGACCUCAAACUCCAUGACUGGGAUGUCGACUUUGCUACUUGGUGUAGUUACAAAUAUCUCAACGCUGGACCAGGAGCAAUGGCCGGCAUCUUUGUUAACCAAAGGUUUGGGACGGUCGACAUGGAAAAUCCCACACAGAAAUUCUGGCCUCGCUUGUCUGGCUGGUGGGGAGAUGACAAGUCGAGCAGAUUCCAGAUGACGAAUAAAUUCGUCCCUAGACCCGGAGCGGCCGGUUACCAGCUUUCCAAUCCCAGUGCGCUGGACCUUGCCGCAGUUGUGGCCUCACUACAAAUCUUCAAUGAGACGUCGAUGGAGCAGUUACGAGAGAAGUCUUUGAGGAUAACCACUUAUCUGGAGCAGCUGUUGGAUGCAAUGGCAUUGAGAAAGCCUGGGGUCUUCGAUAUCAUCACCCCAAGAAACUCCGCAGAGCGAGGAGCACAGCUGAGCGUUCGCUUGUCACCAGGCCUGCUUGACCAUGUAUUGGAACAUCUCGAGCAGGAGGGUGUGGUGGUGGAUGAGAGAAAGCCCGAUGUUAUCAGGGUGGCGCCAGCACCGUUGUACAACACCUUUGCAGAAGUUUUCCACUUCUGCCAGGUUUUGGAGGUUGCCUUAGACAAGGCCUCUGACCGGCUGAAGCCCUGA